GCCGCCGCCGCCGCCGCGGUCGUCGUCGUCAACGUCGGGCCGCAUCUGCGCAUUUUCCAGCUGAGUUUCCCUCACAGGCGAGGUUCUCGCCUGUUCCGGAUUGUCGUGUACGCGCCGACACAGCAGACCAGCGGGGAAAACGACGGGAAAACCCUCGACACCGUACACAUAUCGUUGAAUAAUUAUGUACAAAACGGUGCGGAAAGGCGACGCCAGCCUGCAGUACACGAUACUGCCGCAGACGGAUCAGUUCUCGUCGGGGGGAUUCCCGCAGACCUCCGGCAAGACCCAGCUGCGGAUCAUCAAGUACGCGAUAGGCGCCCUGAUGGUGCUGAUCACGAUGUCCUGCGUGGCCACGCCGUUCCUCAUGCACCAGAACGACCACAAUCUCUUCGCCGGCACAACGCUGACGAUGAGCCGGGUCGAGCCGGACGCGUCGAGGAACGCGUCGAGAAGCGCCCAGACGAAGGAAGCGCUCGCGAGUAACAAGAGCAGAGGCAGGAUCCCGACUACGACUACGGUGUCGACGACCGAGGUCAGCAAGAGGAAAGACCUCGAGGACUCUGCGACCUCCUUUGGCGGGGUGCUCCGAGGGGAGGAAGACGAGACGGCGGCGGCGGCGGCGGCGGUCGACGACGCCACGUUAGCAGACAUACCGGAAACCAACACGCAACGUUCGCCGAGCACGUCGGAAACGUCGACGAGCGUCCAUUACUCUACGACGACUUCCGCCUCGCCGUCGUCGUCGAGCGUCUCGUCCUCGGCGUUCCCGACGACCUCGAGGGCGUCCUCGAGCGGCACGACGGAAAGUACCACGGUCUCGAGCAGCCCGAAGAAGCUGAAGAUGCCGCGAGUGACCCUGAAGCUGCGGGAAAACGAGACCAUACCGCAGAUGUACAUGAAGGCUGGCAUAGCCUCGUACAAGAAGGGCAACAUCACCACCAGCGUUCUCGCGCACGGCUUGAGCCUCGAGAACCUGAUAUUCAAAACGCCGGAGGGCACGAUAAAGCCCUGGCCCCAGAAGUGGUUCUUCAGCGAUCCCUCGGCCGACUUCCAGUGGAAGGGCCCGAUACAGAUGCCGGUGUUGCUGUACGUCCUGUUGGCGGGGGUGGCGGCUUUGGCGAGCGCCAUUAUCUUCCUGAUAUGCCACAUGCAACGCAAGGCGUCGAAACGCCAACGACCGAACAUCGAGGAACCGGAAGUCGAGGAGCACGAGGAAGACAAGUCGACCCUGCUGGGCGCGGAGAGUCAGGAGACCGAGGAGAAGGAGUAAGCGGCGCAGCGCUGUAUGUAAACAGCGCGCGCGCGCGCGCGUAUAAGGACUUGCCUAUUUUUACUGCACACACACACACACACGUUUGUUUACGCGCGCGCGCGCGCGCGUAAACAAACACAUACACACAGCACACAGACACACACCCAACGGUUAGGUUUAGGUUCGUCUUCCACGACGAAGAGUCGAAGGUCGAAGGUCGAGUGUGCGAGCGAGAAAUUCUUGUUUCUCGUCGGUGGAGCCAGCUGAUUCGAUGGGAUAUACGCCCAUCGAAAGGCGUAUCGAACGGGCCGGUUUCAGGAUCUACGCGGGAAAUUUCUUUCCCGCGAAAGAAGUUGCGCUCGCGCGGUCGAGGGUCGCGCGCGCACGAGGGCCGAGUUCUGGCCCCGGCGGCGCGGGGGCAGACGAUGAAUUUACGAAAACUACGGCGCGCGACUGGACUGGAACGGAGCGCGAUUAUCGCGACAAAAUGACAAAGCUGGUCGACUUAGCUGUGUGCAUCGUCGACCAGGCCGCGCGAGUCGAGUGGCGCUAAAUUCGUGUAAAGCUUCAUAUUCAUAUAUAAUAUUCGCACGCGCAUAUACAUUGCGCGAAUAUUGUAUCUCGUGUAUGAUAUUCGUACAGGGCGCGUGUUAUCAGGGAGAGAAUGUUCCUGGUCGCGCGCGAUGUUUCUGGUAAAUUCGUGUAAACUCACGGUCGCGAGACGGCGGCGGAGACGACUCGCAGCGACCUGCUGCGAGACGCGAGUCUCGCAAAAGUGCGAGUACCUCACCGACGACGAGUUAGGAGACGUAAGGAGAGACCCUCUCCCCGGGAAGCCCCCCGGGAGGAGUGAGAAACGUGAGGAAGUCCUUCGAUAAACGCAACAAAUAGUCUUAUCCUUUUGAGAGAUUCUUUCGAGAGGUUUUUGAGCGGGAGUUGAGCGACGCGCCUUAAAAUUAAUUGGUUGUUAUCUCGCGCAAAAUCUUUCGCGACGAAGAGAGUCGCGAAGUCGGAAGAAGUGAUCCCUUUGAUUCUAUUUGGCCUUUGAGUCUAUUUGCUAAACUUUCUAAUGAUGUACACGUAUAUCACAUCGUAGCAUCACAUCGUCAUCGUCGUCGUCGUCGUCGUCGACACAUAUUUCUAGAGCGAGAAGAAGCAGCAGCGACGCGCUUUCCGCGCUUGCUGAGCUCGCUCACCGAGUUCCAAAAGUAGCCGCGUGCUGCCAGAGCCGUAUGACGAGCCGGACGAGCUGGCACGACUGGCAGCUUCCCAGCCGUGUUUAAUUAAAAGUGAUGUUUGACGAGAGAGCGUCAGCUAUCGGUAGUAUCGCUUAAUCGACAGCCAUGUCGCGCUCCGCCGCGCGCGACGCGGCUACGCUAUCGCGCGCGGCGGUAAAACAUACGUUACAUUUUGCAAAAUAUUUCCAACGCGCGACGGGUUUGACGACGUUCGACGGGCGUGGGUCCCCCCCGCGCCGUCACCGGGAACGUAGGCCCACCCCGUAUAUAUACGCAACGCGCGGUAACGAAGGCGUUAAAGACUCCCACCGAAACGCGCAUCGCUCCGCUACAAAGAAAGUACAAUACGAUAUGAUUUAGAGAAGAGCUCGGAGAGUUUCGGAAUUGUUGUGUUCGGCGUAAUUGACUGUUUUUCGCCCGAAACUGCGGUCGACCCGUGCGUCGCGUGCUGCGUUAAUGCCAUUAACGAAAAAGGACUUACGCACACACACGCGCGCGCGCACGUGCUCGUUCAGCGCCAUCGGAGAGAGCCGCUUAUUUAUAAACACGAACGCUCGAGGCGGACGCAAAUGUCAACGUCUCCCGCAGUGCACUGGUCCCGCGGAGGUCAUAGGUCAUAGGUUACAUAUGUUCUUCUUCUUCUCGGCUUAAUUGUAAUUGAAGACGGAACGCACAAAAGAGAUAAAAUAUGCGCCGACAGAGCGGAUCAGUUCGGCGACAUUCAGUUCGUAUUCUUUGGGAGAUAACCGGGUGAGUUCGACCUGUUCGGUUAGCUGCAAGCUGUUUUACGCCCGCUUACAAGAUCAAUCAUAUCGGCGGGAAUAUUUUCUACUGCGUUCAACGUGCGUGGCUUGACAGAGUCUCAAUGGCGUUCCAUGUCCCCCUGCAGAAUCAAUCCCGGCACAUUUGUGAUUUUGUGAGUCGCGUCUCGUAAUUGCGACUCACUCACGAAAUUACGUCGCUACGUAGAAUAUCCGGCUAAAAUUGUUCUCUAAAUGCGAGGGGCUGGAGUCACAAUUGCGUCACAGUUGCGAAGUUAAAAUGAAGUGACAAACGGUUAGACGGUCGGAGGAACGGUCGAAAGUCACUCAACCUAGUAGACGGUCUAUCUGUGCACUCACGAGACGAAGCAGCAACGUAAAGUAGAAAAACACCGGCCACGUCUGAGAAAGUUGCGAUUCAAAGUCGCAAUUGUCUCAUCGUCGGAGAAUCGGCAAACCGAAGGUUAACGUCCCGAGGAUGGAAAGUCCCAAACUGAGAAACGUUUUGCGAACAACCGCACGUGCGGCAUACAUCAUACACAUGUGGAUUUUAUUCGACAUCUUCGAGUCGAAGAUGGCGAAUCAUAAUUAUGUGAUCUUACAGUUAAGCUGUCACACGGGAUGUACGUUAUUUUAAGCGUAUCGCACUUAGGCGUACACACACACACACACACACACACACACACACGUAUACACACAACGUACAUGCACAUGCGCAAUUCGCACAUCGUCGUUAAAAUGGAACUCACAAUUCGUUGCUGCGACACGACACGAGCGAAGCGGUCACAAAUCUACUUAGGGAUGCUCACC